AUGAGUUGUUUCGUCAUCUCUAUUUUCCUUUCUGGAAUUAUAUUUUCCUCGAAUUCAAUAGGUGUAGUUCGCGCCGAAGUACUAUCCGCCUCCAGCUGCAUUGAUUUACUAUCAGACUGCAAACACCGUAAAGAGUACUGUUCCGUUCCAGAAUAUACUGAGCUAAUGUUCAAGUUCUGCAAAAAUACUUGCGAUUUAUGUCAGAACGAUCCAAAUGAAGUUAUUCGAAAAAGAUUUCAUGAUGAACCUAAUGCUGGCAUUCCUGAAUGGCAUACUGCAAAUAUUCAAACAACUACUAAAACAACUGAAAUCACUACGUCUACUUCAAGUUGCACUGAUAAAUAUAAUACAUGUGAAUUUUCUAAACCCUUGUGCGAAAGCAAAUAUAAAGCCAUAAUGGAAAAAAGAUGCCCGAAAACUUGUGGCGUUUGUUGA